AUGUCAAGCAAAUACAGCGAGAUCCCCGACGAAGAUGCAAGAAACUCGGGAGAAGAAGAACACCACCCGAUCAUCCAACGCCUCACAUUCCUGCAACGGACUCGCCGACGACUAGCGCCAACACCGACGUGCAUGCUCACCGUCUGCGUGAUCCUCCAGACAAUAGUCAUCGUCCUCCUUUCCAUCUCCGCUUUGCAAUCAGAUCCAACGGACGACAUCAAAUGCCAACACAAACUCGCCUUCGAGGCAGCCUACGGCCCACAAGAUCUCCGCUUUCAAAGUGUCGCGCAUGAAUUCGAUCAUCUGUGGGAGGGAAUGGAAGGUAACUCCACCACUUUGGAUUUGGAGGAUCCGAGGCUGGAUGGAGAAUUGAUGGAGACUUCGAUUUCGAUGUUUCAUCAACUACACUGCCUCUCCUCAAUGAGACAUGCCAUCCAAAUGGCCCGCGAUGGGAAAGAUCCUGGGCUGGAUUAUCAUGAUAAUGGGCAUUGGCCGCAUUGUUUGGAUUACCUGCACAAGACGAUUCUCUGCUGGGCGGACGGCACGCCAGAGAGGUAUCCUAUGAAUCCCGAUGGUAGUUUUAUUCAUUUCAUCGACGGCACGAGAGAUAUCAGGCAGUGUGGUGAUAGUCGGAAGUUGAUUGACAUGAUGAAUGAUGCUGGGAAGCAGGUCGGGGCGAAGGCAUUUACCGGUGCGUCGGCUUGGUGA